UUAUGACUGCAGGAAUCCUAUCUACGGGCAGACUGUGAACCCUCAUAACCCCCAGAAGACUCCUGGUGGUUCAACUGGUGGGGAGGCAGCUCUCAUUGGGGGAGGGGGCUCCCUGCUUGGUAUUGGCACUGAUCUAGGUGGCAGUAUCCGUCUUCCGUCUUCAUUCUGUGGAAUCUGUGGUUUCAAGCCAACUGCUCACCGACUGAGUUUACAGGGUUUUCGUUCAAUUUGUCGAGGACAAAAGUCAGCGUCGUCAUCUCCUGGACCCAUGGCAAGAGAUGUGGACAGCCUGGCUCUGUGCAUGCAGGCACUUCUUUGUGACCACAUGUUUUCUUUGGACCCCACUGUUCCACCAUUACCUUUUAACAUGGAGAUAUACAGAAGCUCCAGACCUCUUAGGAUUGGUUAUUUGGAAAAUGAUGGCUACUUGCAACCGACUCCAAGCAUGGUCCGAGGUGUCAGAGAGGUCAAAGCUCUGUUAGAGCAAGCGGGACACACAGUAAGACGUCACCACACACAUGUAAUCGUUACUGGUCUAUAUGCAGAUGGUGCUACCACCCUUCUACAAAAACUGAAAGGGGGACUUCUGGACCCUUCUCUGAAGCAGCAGGUUUUUAUACACUCGCUCCCUAAGUGGUUUAAGAAAAUCCUUUCCUUCCUACUAAAACCUGUGUCACCUCGUCUGUCUUCCAACAUUAGUGCUAUUUGUGGAGUUCGAUCUGUUUCCGAUCUGUGGAAGCAACAUGCUGCUGAUGAGGACUAUAUUCAAGAGACAAUAGCACAUUGGAGGAGCUGCAAUAUCGAUGUGCUGUUGUCCCCCAUGAUAGGGCCAGCCAGCAGGUUAUUGCACGCUGACAAAGUUCCAACUGCUGUCAGUUGCACGAUGCUCUAUAAUCUCUUAAAAUUUCCCGCUGGUGUAGUCCCUGUUUCCACAGUGACUGCGAAGGAUGAGGAGGAACUAAAGCACUAUAAGGGCUGUUAUCAGGACAGUUAUGACAAGUCCCUGAAAGAGGCAGUGACUGGUGGCGAGGGUCUACCUGUGGCGGUUCAGUGUGUUGCUCUGCCGUGGCAGGAUGAGCUCUGCCUGCGCUUCAUGAAGGAAGUGGAACAACUGGUAAAAGAAAGCAAGAAGCUUUCUUUCUCAGUCUCACAGGAGAGGCUGCAGACUUCAGAGGCAACGUGUUAGCUUGAGUAAUUAAAUUUUAACAGUUAAAAUUCAGGUUAAAGUCAAGGCAGUUUUAUUUCUUUAUGCCAAAAUCACAUGUAAAGGUCCUUCACAGGGAAUGAACAAAUAAAUACAUACAGCCAUUAAUAAAUGGAACAGUACAUUUAAAAAAAUUGAAAUCACUAAGAUAUUAAAACAGACACAAUUUAUAUGUAUAGGAGUGUUUGUGUGCCUUCUUAUUCAGUCACAAUGACGGAGAUAUUCAUGAUACAAUAUCUGGGUUACAGAAAGCUGGAGGACGCAAUGAACUAAGUUAAAAAUCAGCAUCUGCUGUCAGUCAGGAUAAACGUAUUGAUACUAUUUUUAUGAGAAAACGUUAGGGGACCAUUCGUCCUCGUCAUACUCGAGAGGUCAAAGUAGAUUCUGCUGCCCGAUAUUUAUCCUGUAAUAUAUGCUUCAGCACAGUAAGAUGUAUUAAACCCGCUAAAUAAUGCUCUUUUGUUUUCUUUAGACUUUUAAGUCCACUAAUUGUCUGUUGACAGCUCCCUUCUGACAUGUAACAGUCUCCUGGCAGCUCUCACUCAAUUACUUUGAAACUAAAAACUGCUAUUCUUAGGUGAGCUCUACUGAUUAUCAACUCCUUCCCUAUGAAAAGUUACUGCGUGUGCCGUUAAUGCGCAGUGAUUUACAAUAGACAUACAUUUUGUUUAACAUGCCAUUUACCAGAUGAUUUCUAUUUUGGAGUUUUUCUUUUAAUCAUAACAAGUAAGUGCUAAAAUGUUUAAGUUGGGUCAUGACUAGUUCAAUUUUCCUUGCAUGGUUGGUCAAAGCUUUAAAAUUAACAUUUUGUAAAUAAUGUGUAAUUAGCACAUGGAGCCAUCUGGUAAAUGGACUGGUUCUCUCUCCACUCUUCUACUGUAAGCACCCAAAGUGCUUUAUUUAACAUGUG